CGAUUUUACCCUUCCUGCGUCGUCCGAUUAUGUUAUGACCGCUGCGGCCUAUUCCGGAGGACACCUGUAGCAUCCCAAGCUGAACAUCGCGAGAAAACGAACCUCGCGAAAAGGAACGUCCAUAUAUCCUGUCACGGAAAAUCGCCACUUCUUUCGCAGCCAACUCGCUCGUCCCGCUUAUUUGUGACAGUCCGUCUCUAUACCACCGUUUUUUUCAUCCCUGGUGGCGGAAUAUGAGAUAGGGUGAAUUUGAUUUCCAUAAGAAACACACCCACUCACCACCGAUAUAUAUACGCUCCUCGUUGAUCAUGGAGACCUCCAUCGCUCAUCGCCCCUGGGAGCCCGCCAGGUCGGCGCCGCAUACGCCGCCAGUCCCCACGCCGCAAACGCUGCCCUCCAUCUCCACAUUGACGGCCAACAUGGGCGGCGCCCCGGCCGUCCACCCGUCAGAGAAGUCGCCAGGCAACUCGUCAUUGAAUACCAUCGAGCGCGACUCGGGCAAUUGGUCCAUGCCUCAGAGUACGAGGUCGUCAACCUAUUCCACCGCCACCAACGGCACUGGCAACUAUCCCACCCUCUCCUUCUUGACCACCUCGCAACCGUCUCCGAAUCGCAUCUCCUCCCUCCCCGACCGCUCUCCUUUCCCCCACGACCAGUCCACCACCCCGUCCUCCGCCGGCGCCCAGCCUUCCCCCAGCUUCGGCUCCACCCAGCCUACCACCGCCUCCACCCUCCCCUCCAUCAACCAGAACCAUGAAGCCGUUGUGCUCCCGCCCUCACAUCAUCAUCAUCACCACCACCAUCAGCAGCAGCAGCAGCAGCAGCAACACUACCAACCGCAUCAACCGCCGCUCCCCCUGUCUCAACGCGCCAGUGUGGCUGACCCGCCCGAGUCGCGCCGGAGCAGCAUCGACAGCCGUAUGAACCAAGGGAUUAGUUCGCUCGCCAUCAACCCAGCUUCCCCGUACCACAGCACCAACGCCUCCCAAACCUCGAUAGUCUCGAGUCUACAACGCGAACGCGGUAUUUCCACGGAUAUGGGCAUGGGCAAUGCCUACCGCGGACCCCGCUAUUCCACCGGCCAGGCGCUGUCGCCCCUGGGACCCCGCGCCGGAGAGCAGCGCAGCUUCGCCGCCGGCCGCACUGCCCCCGCCAUUUCCUCCAACCCGCGCUCCGAAAUCUACAAUGCCGAAGCCCCCACCGCGGGUUUGGCCUAUGCCUUUCCCGAUCCAGACGUCGCGCGCUCCAACUCCAUGUCCUCCGCCACCGAGACGUCUCAGUUCUCGCGCAAGGGCAGCACCGCCGAGUCGCUUGCUAGCAGCAUCUAUUCCAUGGACACGCGGUUGCCGCGGGGACAGCACGAACUUCCGUCCGGUGUUCACCACCAUUCGAUGCAGCACAAACAGGUCCGUGGCCUGAUCGGAGAAGCCGAGCAACAAAGUGGCAGCACCCCCUACAGCCGAACACCCGAGCUCCGCGUCACCCACAAACUAGCGGAGAGAAAGCGCCGAAGUGAAAUGAAGGACUGUUUCGAGGCUUUGCGAUUACGGCUCCCUCAAAGUCAGAACAACAAGUCGAGCAAGUGGGAGACUUUGACACGAGCUAUCGAAUACAUCACCCAGCUUGAAAAGUCGGUCGGCCAGGUCCGCGGCGAAAACUCCAUGUUGCGGACAGAAGUAGACGAACUGCGCGCCCAACUCAACCAGCAGCAGCAACAGGCCAACGGGCAGGUCCGCCCAUCGCCCAUGUUCGACCAUCAUAUGACGGGAGGCCCCCAACAGCCCAACGGCCAGCCGCAAGGGCCCAUGUUUUCCGGUUAUGGGCCAGGCAUGUCGCAGGAGCAGCCACGGACCCUCCCGCCGUUGAUGAACGGGUCUGUUGCCCCCAUGCAGGGGAUCCAGUAUACCGACGAGCGGCGCUAG